UUUAAACAUAUCAUUAAAAUAUUUAUUAAAAAGUUAUUUUUAUGCAAUGCGGUAUGCCCGUAUUGGCUAAAAAAAUUAAAAAUUGCCAUUUGAUGUUGCUAAUAUUAUUUGGCAUAUUGUAUUUAACAAGCCCAAAAGUAAAGUGUGCUCUCUGUGACUCAAUAGUUUAAACCGGUGCAUUCAAUUAAAAUGACGACUGUUUAUGCUCGAGCUUUUUCCACAUCAUCUAUCAGUAAUCACAUUAUGAAAUUGACACGGUUACGUGUAGUUGAUAAUAGUACAAUCGGUAAGCAAGCAAUGGCUGAAGGUAAACCUCCCCGGUGUAUUCAUGUUUAUAAUAAAAAAGGGAUUGGCACAAUUGGAGAUAAAGUAUUAGUGGCAAUCAAAGGUGAAAAAGUAAAAGCAAUUAUAGUGGGCUGUGUUAAAACACAAAAACCAAAUAUACCUAGAUUCGAUAGUAACAACAUAGUAUUGAUUGAUGACAAUGGCACACCAUUGGGCACACGAAUUAAUGUUCCCAUUCCAAUAAUGCUUAGAACGAUUUUAAAAGAAAAAACUAUUGCUAAAGGAGCUGACUAUACAAAAUUAUUAGCUAUUGCCUCUACGUAUGUAUAAUAGUCUUCGAUAUAAAAUUAAAAUAGAUUUCAAAAUAUGUAUAAGUUUUUGUAGUGUUAAAAUAAAAGAUUAUUUAAUGUA